UAAUUUCUUGUUAAGUGAAAUCUACCAAAAAGUCAACAUUUUUAUUUGUGACGCUUGGGAUCAUGAAUUAUAUUUUGGCGGUAAUGAAUGUUACCAACCUCUUAUUUCAUUCAAAUAUCUUGCAAUGACAUCACCGAACUUGUAAUGUAAACAGAGUGUUAUAACCUUUAGUCCAUUCAUAAAACGUAUUGUUAAAAGCUAAAAUGUAAAAAAAUUCCGAAAAAAAGUUUAUCUACGAUUAAAAAAUAUUUCUUUACGUGGCAAAUAACCUAGUAAUGAAUAUUUGCUUUGAGGAAAACUUAAGUUCAAUCGAAGCUGUUCGAAUUUGGGAGAAUGGCUGAUAGGAAUCUUUUGUGUCUUUUAAUUUUCAUCAAGCUAAUAGUUUGUUGGCUUGUAAAAACUUUCUACGUUCCUGAUGAAUACUGGCAGUCUUUGGAAGUGGCUCAUCGUCAAGCCUUUGGAUAUGGUUAUCUUACUUGGGAAUGGAACUACAAGAUCCGCAGCUAUGUUUAUCCAUUCGUCAUCUCAAUUAUAUACAAGACACUUGCCAUUUUCAGAUUGGACUCUCCAGAGAUGAUUAUUUUCUUACCAAGAUUAUUUCAAGCAAUGUUGAGUGGAUUUGCUGAAUACCGAUUCUCUAAAUGGACUCAAAACGAUUUGACAACGGUCUUCUUACUCAUGAAUCCAUUCUGGAAUUAUUGUGCUACAAGGACACUUAUCAACACUCUGGAGACUUCAUUAACAAUGAUAGCUUUAUCAAUAUUUCCGUGGAAUGAAAAAGAUAAGCAUAAAUCUAAUUUUAUCUGGCUAGUGGGUUUUAUGUUUUUCAUUAGACCAACUGCAGCAAUCAUGUGGGCUCCUUUAUGCUUGUAUCACGUUUACAUAUUUAAAAAAAGCAUUAUCCAGCUAAUAAAGGACUAUUUUUUCAUUGGGCUGUGCGUUUCUGGAAUCGCAAUCGCUAUCGACAGCUACUGCUAUGGACAACUUGUGGUAACUCCAUGGGAAUUUUUCAAGGUCAAUGUUUUAACCAACGUCGCUAAUCAUUAUGGAAAACAACCUCUUCUUUGGUAUUUAUACAGCGCAUUACCAGUUUUUUUGCUUAUAAAGGUUAUAAUUUUACCUUUUGUAAUUCGUGAUAUCAUUUAUGAAAAAAAAUUAAUUUCAAAGCCACUGAUAAGUCUUGUUAUAAUCGUAUGGACAAUUACAAUCUAUUCAUUGUUACCUCAUAAAGAGCAUCGUUUUAUUCUCCCACUGAUACCAUUACUCGUCUACCUAAUCACGAACUUCAACUAUCAAACGUAUGUUUCUGAAAAAUUAAAAAAUAUAAUUGUUUUUAUACUACUCUUUAUAAAUUUCGGUUUACUUUGUUAUAUCGGUGUUGUACAUCAGCAAGGAUCAACAAAGAUUAUGCAUUAUUUAAGAUAUGAAAUUUAUAAUAGCCAAUUUGAUAUUGACGUCAUGUUUUUGACACCUUGUCACUCAACACCAUUCUAUAGUUAUGUACAUCAAAACAUUUCAAUGGAAUUUUUAACAUGCGAACCGAAUCUGCAAAAUCAAGAUAAUUACCUAGAUGAAGCUGAUAUAUUUUUCAACGAUCCUAUGGCCUGGUUGGAAAAACGUUAUACUAAUUCUACAAUUCCUUUAUUCGUGGUAAUGUACGAUAAUUUAGCUUCUCGUAUAAAGGGUUUUAUAGAUAAUUAUCAUCUUGUUUUGAGUGUAUUUGAUUCUUUUCACCCAUCGACGAAUCGCGGUAGUAAUCUUUAUUUAUAUAAAUUCAAAUAUAAAACAAUACCCAUAUAAUAGAUCAAAAUGUACAUCAUUUUUUGUUUUAUUAAUUUCGCAUUUUAUAAAUUAAUCAUUUUUUUAAAUUAAAAUUGAAAAUUUUUACAUUUCCUAGAAGUAA